AUGUCUGAUGAAACAAAGCACGUUUUCGUUGGUUUGGUGGGAGUUCAUUCACCUACACUAUGGUUUCUUAUAUUCCUUAAUAUCAUAUUCGCGAUCACUUCUAUUCUGGGUAAUGUUAUUAUUCUAGCUGCCCUGAAAAAGCAGUCAUCUCUCCAUCCACCGUCUAAGAUCUUGUUAAGCUUCCUGGCGAUCACUGAUUUAUGUGCUGGGCUUAUUUCACUGCCAAUUUUCAUCACACUACUGAUGGCAUUCCAAUAUAAAAUUGAGGAUAUUGUUACCUUCACAACGGAACUCACCAGUUACAUUAGUACAGCCCUUUGCUUAUCAUCUUUGUUCACACUUGCCGCAAUAAGCGUGGACAGAUUUCUCGCUCUGUUCCUGGGCAUCAGAUACAGACAAGUGGUCACCUUACGGAGAACUGCAAUUAUCGUGGUCUGUUCUUGGACUGUCAUCGCCGGCUGCAUUAUCACGGUGAAUUGGAUUGACAUCCUUACAGUCCUCCUCACUUACGUCACGGCCACUGUUCUCCUGUUUCUAAUGGUGUCAAUUUGUUGUUAUACAAUGAUUUAUCAAAAGCUUCUUCAGCAUCAAGCUCAAGUACAAGAAAAUCUUCAUCAAGGUGAACCAAACGGACACGAGCCACUGAACAUAGCUCGAUACAGAAAGACAGUGUCCAGUACAUUAUGGAUACAAUUUUCAUUAGUGGUUUGCUACCUGCCCUUUGGUGUAACUCUUGUAUUAUUGAUGGUGCAUGGCCAUACCACAUCAAAUCUUAUUUCCGCAUGGGUAUUUUCUAAAACUGUUGUCAACUUUAAUUCAACACUGAAUCCGAUCCUUUACUGCUGGAAGAUCACAGAAGUCAGACGAGCAGCUAUUGGCAUUAUUCGAGGAGUAUGGUGCGGUUAA